AUGCCUGGUGGCAUAAACCCCCCCAUCGAGGUCAAACUGAGUUGGCCAACACCAAACUAUGUCAACCCUACACUUCGACCAAACGCCGUCCUGUGGAUUGCGUGUGUACUUGGACCUAUUACCGUCGUUAUGACUCUUGUACGGUUAUGGGUCAGAAUCUUUCAUCAACGAUGUCCCGGCUGGGACGACUGGUUGAUGUUAGCUGCCCUUCCUCCAGUUAUCGCCUUGACAGUCAUAUAUCCCCUAGCAACCAACCAAGCAUUCGACCGACAUAUUUGGGACCUAAACUAUCUCUUCGAACCGGAAAUCAUCGUUAACGCACGGAAAUACGUACUCGCAACCGAAUGUGUCUUCUGUGUUGCAACUGGCCUCGUCAAAGUCUCCAUUCUUCUCUUCUACCGACGCCUCUCGGCCCGCGCCGUGUCGAAGACAUUCGUAUGGGUGACUUGGGCCACUAUCGGCUUCAUCAUCGCCUACACCAUUGCCUUGACCUUGGCACCUAUCUUGGGCUGCCAACCCAUCUCAGCAUUCUGGGAUCAAGUAAACAUCAUCAAAAAGUUACAAGGUUACGAGUUCCACUGCUUCGACGAAGGUGCCGACGUCUUCGCUGCCAGCAUCAUAUCCUGCGCCCAAGACGCCCUGACUGCCGUUCUUCCUACGUUCCUUUACUGGAAUCUUCAGAUACCGAUCCGACAAAAGCUGGCGUUGUUCGGUAUCUUUGCCAUGGGUUACGGUGUCGUCGCACUGGGAGCUGUGCGAGCCUACUACAGCUGGUACACCUUCUAUGGCACUUACGACGUGACAUGGCACACAUGGAAUCUGUUUCUUACUUGCAUGCUCGAGCUGUACAUCGGAUGCUUAUGCGCCAAUGCGCCCGCCAUGAAGGUCUUCUUCAAACAUUUCUUCCAGGAAAAGCUCAGUCAGCGAUCCAAGACAAGAACACCAGCUGGUACCGAUGAUCGCCAGGAUAGUGCGCACACCAAGUCGAAGAACUCGUGGAGGAAGUUCGGUGCGAGCAUUACAGGCGGAAGCUGGGCCAACAGCACCAAGGGAUAUUACGAUUCUCACCUUGGUACCACUGUCGACCCGCAUGGAGGUGUGCAUGUGCACAAAGAGGUGCAAGUGACCAUGUCGCCAACCAGCUCGGCGAUGCCGACACCCACUGGCAUUGACCGCCCUGUGUCAACUAUGACAGCCGACAUGAUCUGCGACCGCGAUUACGAGGACAUCGAGCUUGGUCGUUACACCACAGGCCACAACUCGCGAGCAUCCAGCAUGCGAUCGACUCAUCUCUUCGAAGGGCACGACUUGGAGGCACUCCCUCCACUACCCAUGUCACCUGCAUCGCCAACGUCGCCAGCAAGCGUUGCUCCUCUGGCAUCGCACCCUCUCUCGCCCACAGAGAAGAGGCUACCCAUAACUCCCCUGCCCGGUACGGCGAUAAGCCAAGAAUCCAGGAGGGAAAGAAGUCCCACUCCCAUGCCACCACCGCCAACCGCGCGGGAGUCGCCAUACCCCCCACGCGGUUCAAGUCAGAAAAAGCCAAGUUGGCAGUCGUGGUCUUGA